UGCCAGCUCUAAUAAUUGAACGAAUAUUGAAGAAAAGGGAUAGGACACACGUUACAACGCAAAUAGGAAAAAAUCUUUUUUUAAUAAUAAUGUUGUUUAUUAAUAACUUUUUAAUAGUUUUUCGAUAAUUCUAACAAUGCAGCAAUGCGUUAACGUGCCGACUAAAAUGUGAAAAUAAGUGUAAAUAUGUUUACGACAAGAACACAAUAAAACGAAACGCAAAAGAAAACGAAACGGAUAGAAAAAGAAAUACGGUGAACAAAAAAAAAAAAAAAGAAAAAAUGUUUUAUUAUCGAGCAGACAUAGAUUACAUUUGCUGCUGUUGUGUCCUAAAGCAACGAGUGCGAUUAACAUUUAACUUUUUUAGCAGUUUAGUGUGGAAGUAAAGGAAUUUUAAGUGUAUAUUUUAAGAAAUACAACAAGUUAUACACCCGGUUUGGUGUAUAACCAACCGACCAACUCUUAGAGCUUAAGAUAAGAACGAACGGCUGCGGUGGCUAGCUAGCAGUUGAUUUGUUUUGCCUUUUUACGUGUGGAAAGGAAAGUGUGAUAGAUAAUUUCGACGGAAAGAGAAGGGAAAUUGGUACUGAUAUUUGAAGCGCCAGCCACGGAGAGUGAACUUAGCUGCUCGUGUACAGUUAUUGUCACACGUUCGCGCUCGGCUUUUUAUACAUUGCGAUAUGUCCGAAAAAAAUGGACAAGGAGCAGCAGUACAGUGGACGAAAGGAGGGGCAGCGGCAGCACAAAAACAACAUCAGCAAAUUCAACAGGGCAUCUCGCCCAUUUAUAAUGCAAAUGUGGGAUCAGCAUUAGCUUUACCGACGGCGGCAACGUCUGCCGCUCUGUAUGGCGCUACGAACCCUAUAAGUGGCGGCAGCCCACAUGAUGUAGUAUCGUAUGCAUCGGCACGCUUCCAGGCGCCACCACCGUUGGAUCACAGCACUGCAACAUCAUCGUCACUCACUGCAAUACCACAGUCGUCUUCGUCGACUUCAAAUGUACCUGUACCCAGUGGAUUUAUACCCCCACCAUUUGCUGCCGCAUCGUCUGCUGCUGCGACGACAUCAGUCUUAACUCCAAAUCCGUAUGCUGCGCCCACUAUAGCAGCCAGUAAUCCACAUGGUCAUCAGUCUGCCACAAUAAAUUCUCAACAUUUUCCUGGGCAAACAAUACCACCAUCGUCCCAUCAUCUACAUCCACAUUUCGGCAUGGAUCAAUUCCAACAUUUAAAUGUUCAACAACAAUUUGAGCUGAGCAAAAUAAUGGCAGCUGCUACAUUCGGAUCCAAUCAAAUUGGUUCCAUAGGACCAACUAAUUUGACAUCUUCCAACAGUGGUGGUAGUGGAGUUGGUCCGGCUGUUUCGACCACAACUACAACCACAUCCACUUCAGCGCUCUCGCCAUCGAUUACUCAAUCUUCUAGCCGGCAGCCUUUUGCCAAUGUUGGCGAUAUGACACCCAAUAGCAAUGCUGGAGCCAUUAGUAGCCAAUUAGCGGAACAAGUCAUUAAUACAAUAAGUACAGGGAGUUCUGGUACCAAAUUGGCCCCAACACCGAUCCAUGGACGUCUAAUGGGCUUAGGUGUAAAUGCACCAGACGAAGAAAAACUACGCCGCAUACAAGAAGUUGUCGAAUGGGGUAUAAGCGAUCAUGCCAAACAACAAAUUGUGCAAAUAUUGGACCGUAUAUCAACACUGAGACCAGUAGAAAAACUUUUGCUCUAUUUACGUUUGCCCGGGGAGCAACCUGAAACUGAUCCCUUACGUCAACCGCAAAAUCCUCUCGGAACACGUUCCGAAAUCAAUCACACCAUCAAUUGGGUACGAACACAUUUGGAACAAGAUCCACAAGUUUCGAUACCUAAACAGGAUGUAUACAAUGAUUACUUAGUCUAUUGCGAACGUUUAAAUAUAAAACCAUUAUCUACGGCUGAUUUUGGUAAAGUAAUGAAACAAGUUUUUCCUGGCAUAAGACCCAGACGUUUGGGAACUAGAGGACAUUCCCGUUAUUGUUAUGCAGCUAUGCGAAAAACCAGCAAAUUGCCAGCACCACACUUACCAACGCUUACAACGACAACGACAAAGCCAUCAUUGCUUAAGGGAGAUUCAGAUGCCGUAACUGAAUCGGGAGAUACAUUUUCCGAUAACGUUGAAGAAGAUCAAGAAGAAUCAUGGUCCAUUAUCAAACAAUGGGCUGAAAAUGUGCUCCACGUUAAAGUGAACGAUAUCAAUGAACUGGCAAAUCAGAUUAAAGCUAAUGGUUCCAAUCCACAAGGGCAUUAUACAUCAUUUACUGGCACAAAUAAAACAGGCAGUCAUAUGAUACACAAGAAAUACGCCCAAAGGGAACCAAAAGAGAAACGUGUUAUGGCUGAUAUGGGCCCUUUGAAGAAACGACGCAAAAAGAAACGCAAAGGUUCUUCUUCGUCAGAAUCUAGUUGCCACCAAUCGAAUACAGCAGUAGACCAAGUUGCUGGUCAAAUUCAACCUCAGUUGUCACCAGCCAACAGUUCAAAGGGCAGCAGUCAACGCAACCCCACAUCUCCACUAAUCUCGAUUGAUGAUGGACAAAAACUGCUUAGUUGCGUUAAGAUAAAACAAGAAAUUGUAGAUUCUCCUGGCUACGUAUCAACAACAUCAGCGAUAGCAACUACGCAUUCUUCAGAAAAUGAUUCCUCCAACAAGCAUAUUCCCAUAUAUAACCCUUACUCAAAUCAAAGUCAACAACAACAGCAGCAAACAAUGCCAAUUAAUUUGGCAGCUGAAACGCGAGGUGGGCAUCCAGGAGUUAGACCCGCGUCUACUAGUUUAACAGGCAGCGCCUUUGAACAUGUACGUUCACCAGCAAUUGCAACAAAUAAUAACACUACAACGGCCGUCAAAAAUUUAACGCCAAAAAUUAUGGAACUUGCGGUAGAAAGUCAGCCGUCGCCACCAGCACCACAAUCCCAAACAACAAUUCAUAGUACUACCACCAUAAAACAAGAGGACGUUGGCGUAGAAGACUACAAUACAACAAAUAUCUUUUGUAAAAAAGUACGAAAAGCUCAAGAAACUAAAAGCUUCUGGCCAAAUUCUCCAACAUCCAACAAUAGAACAACAGCAACAACCAUAACGAGUGCUUCCAGGCCAACUCUCCCCAUAAUAACGACAACAGCAUCAACGCCACCUCCGGUGGCAGCAAGUGUCAUUACAUCACCGAACAACAAUGGCAACAGUAAUAUCAACAGUUCCAGUGCCUUGGAUUCUAGUGCAGUAGCACCAACAUGCUAUUCGAUGGGGCCUCCAGCACAAAUGGCUCCCUCUACCAGCCCAAAUAACCAUCAUUCGUCAUUGCAAGAGGAUGCCAUGGGCCUACCAAAAGUUGUUUCCAGGAAUUUACAACAGUUACGCGCCAAGAAACUUCUGAGUGCAAAUCCUUCGGCAUGUGAUCAACCCGAUUUGAGCGCCGUCGUAAAAGAUGCUGCUGAUCUGCCCGAGAAUUUGGGAAUACCACGUGAAAGAGUGAUCAGCAUUUGCAAUAUGGAUAAGCGGGAAUUGGAUGAUUACUUUUUGCCCGAAGAAGAAAAUUCUGAAGAGAAUGAAACUGAACUGCUUCAAUAUUUUCAGAUGGGAGACGCUGAGGAAAAAUUAACAAAAAAUUCUUCCUCCGAUGCUAAACGACACAGUUAUCCAACAGUAACGCCAGUGGUAUCAAAUAUGGCUCCGACUUCGUCUACCUCAACAACGGUGACUAUGUCUGGUAGCACAACUUCAUCGGCAACAGCCGUGGGAGCAACAAGACAAACCUUGCCAACGAUGAAUGCUGGCAGCAUAAAACGUGAUAGCACGGGCUCAGUAAAUAAUGAGGCAAACAACUCGAAGCUAGCAAGCAAACAGCUAUCACAGCAGGCUCUUAACUACCUGAGAAAUGCCAAUGCAUCAUCUUCGCUUCAUACCAAUCGGGAGUCUUGUGGAAAAUUUGUAUCAUCUUCUAAGCAUUUAACAUCUACUGUUGGAACUGCCUCAGCGUCUCUAGAACAACUCACACAAAAGCAUCAGCAACAACAACAACAACAGUUGCAAAAUCAACAACAACAAUUGCAACAGCCCCCUCAACCACCCACAAAGGUUUCAUAUAAACGUAAAAUAAAUUUAAAUACAUCAUCAUCCUCUGAUAUAACGGCGGCAAGAAAAAAUUAUAGUUUUUUACCAAUAUCUCCGAACAUUAAUAACACAUCAGCCACUUCAUCGGUCCUUAAGGGUGGCGGCAGUGCCGGAAGUGGCAGUCAUAGCAGUAAUAGUGGAUUUUUUGCCAGUCCUAAUUUUAGUCGUCUACUGACUAAGCAGCAAUCUUUAGAUUCUGAAUCAUCUUCUGAUCCCAUGAUAGGUGCCACUCGUAGAAGGCGCACCUACAUGUCGACAAUGACAUCGGCUUCAGCUCCACCUAGUCCUUCUGUGCUAAAACAACAACAGGAACAACAAUUAUUUGCUCUAUCUAAUAACCUUUUGCUAGAACAAUGGCCAACGUCGACAAAUUCAUCGGCAUUCAAUAAUUUUCAGAGUUCAAAUCAGAACCAUGCUGCUGCCAUGGUUGAUCAAAAUUCUUUAGAUUUGGAUUUAUUUGCAGAAGCAGCCGCCGCCUCAGCAUCCGCCACAUCAUCAAUCUGUGGUCCUCAAAAUCAGCAGGCAGCAGUCUCUCAGGUGUCUCUUAAAGACAGUGAAUCUAUCAUGAAUGAUUUGACACAGCGUUCUCGUUCGGUGCCCCUGUCACAACUGCAACGAUCGCAUUCGCCCACAUUUAAUCGUGAAUUUCAAUUGAACUCUGUUACGGGCACUGCCUAUUCGGCUUGCAAUUCCUUGGCCCAAACGCCAAUACACACCGACUUCAUAGACUCUGUAACAAUGCUUUCUGAAAAUAGUUGCAGCCAACAAAGUUCGUCGAUAAAACUGGAAGAAGUUGGUAAUGUUGUGGGCUCAGAUUCGACAGCUUUACUAGAUGAUGUGGAUGUGAAUGAGAUUCUAUCCUCACCGGAUUUUGUAAAAUUUUCAAGUAUAACCCAAUCAGGUGGCAGUUCAACCGGCACAAAAACAUCUUGCUCAUCGGCAGGAUCUUCCUCUGGUUAUAGUAGUGCUGGGCAAUUUUCACUUUCGUUAAGUAGUUACGGUAGCAACGGCAAUGGGGUAGGUGGUGCUAUUAUGUCAUCGACCGCCUCAAUAUCCCGAUCUGUACCUUCGACGCCAUUGCCACAUCAAAAUCCUUCAUGCAUGCCGGGAAGUGGUAAUAAUUUCUAUCGACGGCGCUUCGCCAACAAUUGUCAUCCGCUGGGAAGUAAUUAUUUUUCAUCGACGGGAAAAUAUGGUUACGGCAAUAUGAAUACAGCUUUAUCCAGAUCUGCUUGUGACAUAUCCAAAUCGAUGCCCUCCACACCAAUUACUACAACGCCGAGUAGUUUUCGCUACAGUCCAACCGAAUUUACUAGAGAUUUUCUUAUAAAUGGCAAUACAAUUGAUGACAGCCUAGCAUCGUCAUUUGGCACUGUGGGUACGGACAAUUUGAUGGGAUCGGAUGUAGUAGGCGUUGAUGCUCCACUUAUGAACGAAGAGGAUUCUCUGCUCAAUGGACCACGCGUCGAUAAUGAUGUUAUGUCACCAGAUUUUUGUACCCAAUCCGGCGAUUCAUCUGUUUUGAUUGGAAAUAAUAGUGGAUUGGGAGGGUCGUCGACGGCGGUGGUGUCAGCCUCAACGGCAAUGGGAUCUAAUACUGGAGGUGAGUCAUCCGUUGUUAUUGGUGUAGGAUCCGAUCUAUUGGAUAAUUUGUAGAAUUUGCCUGAAGAGCAAGUCAAAAGGAAACGUUUAAAGCCACAAAAGUCACAUGACUCCAUAAUAGAGGAGACAAUUUUAGUUGAUGCUGUAAUGCAAAAUCCCGAAAUUGUUGAUGAAGAUCAUGACGACAACGAUAAUAAUGGAGCUAUGAGUCUUUUAUUGGCUGAGGUUGGAAAACUUUAAAAAAUCUCAUUUUCGGAAGGGUAAAUAUUUACAUGAUUUGAAUGCGGUCAAUAAAGGAGACACUUGAAAGGUUGUAGAGAAUGAUCGCGUAUAAAAAAGACAGGAAUCGAAGGUCUUUCGACGCUAUUAGUAAUGCUAUUUAUGAGCGAUACUAAUUCAUUUUUUGUUGCCAUAGCCGAUAUUGUGUUAUAAAAGUGGUUUAUAACGUAGUGGGGGUUAGUUCUCAGUCAGUACAAUGCUUAGGUUUGAUAAAGCAAAAAAAAAAAAAAAAAAUAAAUAAAUGUGCAAAAAGCAAAGUAAAAAAGUGUGACUUGAAGCUGAGAAUUUAAUAGGAAAAAUAAAGAAUGGAGAAUGGUAAAAAGGUUUUUUAGACACAAUGAAGUUGCCAAACCUCCUCGAUGUACAAAAUAUGCAAAGGCAGCAUUUCGGAAUUGAAUUUUGGAACACUCUAUUUUUCAACAUACCAAUUUGGUUGCUGCAAAAUCAGAAAAAUUUUCUUUUUUUUUUUUUUUGGUUCAUUUGAACCCCUAAAUGUACAUCUUCAAAUACCAAAUUGGUUGCUGCAAAAUCAGGAAAAUUGUCUUUUUUUUUUUGGUUCAUUUGAACCCCUAAAUGUAAAUCUUCAAAAAACAAUAGGCUUUUAUUCUGACCCUAACCUAUCCCCAUGCCAAAUUUCGUUUAGAUCAGACGAUAAUUGCGACCUGUAUAUAAUACCAUAAACACAUAGUGUUGCGGGGUGUAGGAAAACUUGAGAAAAUGUACAAUUCAAAAUUGUAAGUCAAGUCAAAAAUCGCAUGCGAAAAAAAUAUGACAAAAAUUUAAAAAAAAAUUACAAAAAAAUUUACUUUCGCCCUUUUCAAAUGGGUCAAAUCGGUCCACCGGAUUUUGACUUAUAAGCGGAAUAACUAACAUCAUUUUCAUUUACAUAUAGAUUGUCAUUAAUUCGCUACAUAUCCGAUAUUUAGGCAAUCAGCAUCACAGUAAUGAUCAGUAGUGACCUUUAAAUGAAUUUUUGAUUUGGCCGGGAUUAAAAAUAUUCGCAGUUUUGUUUUCGCAUGUUUUGACAUAAAAGUUAUGGUUUAUUUUACACGCAAAAUAUUGUCCGAUGACCAUUUAAAUUGUUAGGAUUCUGCCCAGCCCUAAACUCUAACUACAUCCAAAAUUGGUCGCGUCGAUUGGUUCAUAAUUGUGUCCUGUGGAGCAAUUGCAAAAUCAGUAAAUUUUUCUGUUCUUGGGCGGUGUUCCCCAAAAACAAAAGGCUUCUAUUCUGACCUUAACCCCACCUCCAUUGUCAAUUUCGUGAAGAUUGGCCAUAAUUGCGACAUGUAGCUUGAUUACAAAUUAACAUGGACAGACGGACGAACGGACAUACAUAGUUACACCGACUCAGGUCGGCGAGAUAGGAAGAUCCAUAUAUGGUUUGCUAUGUUGGGAACCAAUAUCUAGAGGUGUUACACAAUUUUUGGCCAAUCAAACUUGUAAUACUCCCAACACAUAGUGUAGUAGGAAAAUAAUUUUAUUAAAAUAGUUCCCUUAGUUGGCCAUGCAGUAGCCUACACGAUAGGUCGAAUUUUAAAGCACAAUAUCGAAUGUUUGUAGUGGCAUUUCACCAAGACUUUCCUCCAGUAUUGUCCUUUAAAGCGUCAAUUGUCUCUGGCUUUUUGUCGGCACCUACAAAUAAUAGACCAAUGGUGUCAAAUCCUAGCUGCGAUGUGGGUAACCCACCUCAGGUGAAUAAUGUGAU